AUGGCUGCUGCUCUUGAUAAUUCCAAACCUUACAUACCUCUUGCCGGGGGCGCCGACGAUGGUUGGUUAAAAGAUGACCAGGCGACUGCCACAUGUUACUGCGGCGCAGUACAGCUGGCCUUUCCAACACAAGGCCCUGGCCUAAUCGAUACAUUCAUCUGCCAUUGCACGGACUGCCGAAAGAUCACCGCAUCCAUGUUCGCGACCAAUUUCAUUGUCGCACACACACAUCUAAGACACCUACGAGGCCAAGAAACUCUCACGUCAUUUAGCCAGUCGAAAACCAUUGCCUCGGGGAAGGCAAUGACAAAUUGUUUCUGUUCUACGUGUGGCACGCUUAUGUACCGCAUUAGUGAAGUGUUCCCGAGACACAGUAUCCUGCGGACCGGAACAGUGGAUGAUUUCACCCUGCAUGAGACGAAAUUGAAGCCUAGGGUUGAGCUAUAUACCAAGGACCGCGUGGGAUGGCUGUGUGGUGCAACUGAUGUGGAGCAGGUCAAGGGAUCGGCUUAUACUCCAAAGGAUACUGGUCCUUCUGAAUUCUGA